GGCGGGGGCGGGGGAGAGGAAAGACAAAGGAGGGCCGUCCACAGAGCCACCAGACCCCAAGAAGAGGAAGUACAGCCCGCUUGAUGGUACGGCUGGCAAUAGUCUAGGUGCCAGGAUGCUGCAGGGAGGGGUGAAGAAAGGACUGCUGCUACGUAACAUGCAAGUGGACUGACCCCUGACCUUUAAACCUCUAUCCUCUAACCCCUGACAUUCGACCAUCACACAGGACUAGGCUCCCUAGGUACAGAUCAGCUUCUCCUCCCCCCCUAAUCCUAACCUUAACCCUUUACACUCGAACCCGUAUCCGGGUUGAAAAUGGCAGAUUUGGGCACCAAUAGAUACCUAUUAUGAGUGUUGACUGGCAGACGUUCUGAACUUGAGCACCUCAUCCAACGUAAAGCCCCCCGUCCGUCCCUCCUCGUAACUUUUUGCAAAUGUUUUGUUUGUCUGAGUGAGGAAAAUGCUGUACAUUAAGAUGACAAUAUUGCAUUUUGUUGAGGAUUAGAAUAAAUAUCGCUUUGAUGUCAUACAACACCUGUGAGUCCAGUUACCAGACGACUUGUCGUCAUACCCCUGGGUUGUUCUGAACAGAAUGAGACUGCGUUUACCACUGCACACGCACCUGAAUGCAGUCCUGACUCCUUUCUCUGCACACCAACAUGGCAAUAUGCUUCUCUGAAUUGCCUUGUGAAAGCUCAAACACCGUAAGGUCAUAUUUUAUAACUUAGCUAGUCAUGUUGGCAACAGAACAGGCUUUCACAUGAUGCCCACCUGACCCAGGUUGCUAUUUAUAAUGACAGUGUUUGGUUUACCUAAACAACAACAGUAAAUGUGUGAUGGAGGGGAGGAAGGGCUGUGUUCCAACCAAAACAACUACAAGUGUGUUUGCUGUAGUUCCUCAACGGUCCAGCUAGGAGAGCUCAAACAAGCACCUUACAGCUGAAGACUCUUCUUUAAGUCAUAAAAAAAUGCAUUGAAAUGACUUAGGAACUAUGCACAGUUUGGAGAGGUGUGUGGCCACAUGGAAACCUCAGUUAGACCUCUCACUCAAACCUUUUACAUACAUUUGUCUAAAGUUGCACCUACCCCACAUUUUCCAGGAAUAUUCUUAACAUGUUACUGAAUGUAUCCAGAGUAUUUUAGAUUUCGUUAUCAACAAAUAAGGUGAAAACUAGAGUAAAUGUAAAAUGCACAUGUUUGGAUUCAGUCUUCUGUCAGGUGAACUGUUGUGUCCUAAAUAAUUUCAGUUGUUACCAUGGUAAUGCAUAUGCUUUAAAUAUUUCAUCUGUAAGUAAAUUCAGCCCUGUCCAUGUAGGCCAAUUCCCACGAGUGUAAAGGGUUAACAGGAAGUGUGUGUGUGUGGGGGGACUGACCCUGGAUGAGCAUUUAGUGGAAACUGUAUCCUACUCCUCAUACAGACCGGGACCCGUUACUCUCCUCUACCACUACUACAUAGAUAUAUAGAUAUAGAUAGACAGAACUGGGACCAUCUGCUCUCCUGUAUCACUACUACAUAGAUAUAUAUAUAGAUAGAUAGAUAGGCUCCUGUUUUUAAAUUCUACAUCGGAAGGAAGGAACCGAUGCAGUGUGGCCUGGUUGUCACGGAAAACUUCUUAAAUCUGAUCGCGGCGCAGGACCUGCACCUUUCACUUGGGCUGCAGGGCGAUACGGGACAUCAACACUAUAUGAGAUCAACGCUGUGGGAGAGCGACGCUGUGGGAGAUCAACGCUACGGGAGAGCAACGCCACGGGAGAGCAACGCCACGGGAGAGCAACGCUGUAGGAGAGCAACGCUACGGGAGAGCAACGCCACGGGAGAGCAACGCUGUAGGAGAUCAACGCCACGGGAGAUCAACGCCACGGGAGAGCAACGCCACGGGAGAGCAACGCUACGGGAGAGCAACGCUACGGGAGAGCAACGCCACGGGAGAGCAACGCUACGGGAGAGCAACGCUACGGUAGAGCAACGCCACGGGAGAUCAACGCUACGGGAGAGCAACACUACGGGAGACCAACGCCACGGGAGAGCAACGCUACGGGAGAGCAACGCUACGGGAGAGCAACGCCACGGGAGAUCAACGCCACGGGAGAGCAACGCCGUGGGAGAGCAACGCUGUAGGAGAUCAACGCUACGGGAGAGCAACGCUGUAGGAGAUCAACGCCACGGGAGAUCAACGCCGUGGGAGAUUAACGCUGUGGGAGAUCAACGCUACGGGAGAGCAACGCCACGGGAGAGCAACGCCACGGGAGAUCAACGCCGCGGGAGAUCAACGCCGCGGGAGAUCAACGCCGUGGGAGAUUAACGCCGUGGGAGAGCGACGCCACGGGAGAGCGACGCCACGGGAGAUCAACGCCACGGGAGAUCAACGCUACGGGAGAUCAACGCUACGGGAGAGCAACGCCACGGGAGAGCAACGCCACGGGAGAGCAACGCCACGGGAGAUCAACGCCACGGGAGAGCAAUGCCACGGGAGAGCAACGCCACGGGAGAGCAACGCCACGGGAGAGCAACGCUACGGGAGAGCAACGCUACGGUAGA